AUGGGCUCCUAUAAAUCAUGCCAAGAUCGGAAAGGGAGUGGAGGAAGCAGUUCUAGUUCGACAAACACAGAUGGCUCGAUCCAAACAAAAUGUACAACGCCCACCCUGCUCAGCGCUCACAUAGUCUCUGCAAAACAGCCUCACUGGGAAGAGUUGGAAGAUGGGCCUCGCGAUUCAGUUUCAACUUAUGCAUCCACCACCCGAUCCACCGCAGACAUACCCUCAGAAGAGCCCAUGUAUGAAGUCGAUGACCGCCAAGAGAGUUUCUUCCCAACUGAUGCGCUAUCCUCAACGCCCUCCUCAUUUGCGACAUUGUUUCCCUCGACACGAAGACUGCUCAUUCGCCAUGACGAUGCGACAAUUGACGGAAACAUGAACUUACGUGUAGACACUGUCGUCCCCCGCCGUGGUGGAUACCAACAAGACGUAAUUCUAUUCCACCUCCGCAUGUACGAUCUCUUCUCCCGAAAGUUCUCCUUCCGCCGCUACUGCCGCGACUCCGGCCGGGAAGUAUGUCACUCAACACGUAAAGAAACAACCUCCGUCCUCACCAACGGCUCAGGACAACGACGCCGCUCACUCAGUAGCGUCCUAGCCAGCUUUCGGCCGGGAUCGAGUGGAAAUCCAGCACCGUGCCCAGGCGAUCUCAAGCGCCAGGAUUCAGGAUUCAAAAAAGAACAUCAGCGCGCCACAAGUGACGAAGCAGGUUCAAUCAGCGAGAAAGAACCAGCGCUAGGAGAUACCAUCUUGAUGGAAUUCUCCAACUACGCACAUGUGGAACUUCGACGACGCGGUCCUGGCACGGCGAAACGGUACGAAUAUGAAUACUGGUCCACGAAGUACCAGUGGCGCCGUGAAUUCCGAAAAGAGGGCGAUCUGCGCGAAGUGUCGUACUACCUCGUCGACACGCGCACAUCCAGGACAAUCGCCCACAUGGUCCCGGAGAUCCUCACUCCCCUGGAAGCGGUCGAAGAGGAAAGUAAGGGUGGCUGGGUCCCACCGUGUUCGAUGUGGAUCAGCGACACAUCCGUUUAUGAAAAGAUGCCUGACAUUGCCGAUGUGAUUGUUGCAACAGGGUUAGUGGCCCUGGUGGAUGAUUGCAUUCGUCGUCGCUGGCAUCACGAGCGCCGCGUUCCAUGGAUCCUCCCCGCACGUUCCUCGCUCACCAAAAGUCUGGAACGCAUGGUUCCACGUCGACUGAUCGGCGAGGUACUCCAGCGAAGAGGAUCAGCCUAA